AUGAGUGAAAACUUGCAGUUGUACACUGAAGGCAAAUUGACUGCAUCAGACAGGCGAGUUCUUCUAACCAAGUGGGUGGGUAAAGCGUGGCCAGAAGUAAACCAGAGCAAAGACGCCAUCAUAAGAAGCUUUAAGAAAUGCGGAAUUUCUCUUGAUCUUAGUGGAUCGGAAGAUGAUUACAAGAUGCAAUCAGCUGAUGAAGACCUUGUGGAGUUUCAUCUUGAGAGUGAUGACUCAGACGAUGAUGUUUAUGAUAAUAAUGAAGAUGAUGAGUUUAAAGGAGGCCACACCACUCAGUAUACUAGAAAUUAA